AUAGUGCUAAGCUCACGAUUUUUUUUUUCCAAAUAGCAAUGACGACAAAACAAACAAACAAACAAACAAACAAACAAUUCAAAACAAAACAACAACAGGAAUCAAUGCCAAGUUUAAAAUUUGCUUUCAGAAUCGAAGAAAACGUCUUAAAUAUUAGUUCCCCAAUGAGAGAAGCUUGCGAUUUUUUUCGGUCCCAGAUCCCGAGGCGGGCUCACGUGCGUUACCACGUGUCACAGUUCAGCUCAAGAAUUUAUUUUUAUGAAAUAGUACAACUGAGUAUUUUUUUGUCACGCAAUCUUUUUCUAUUGUGUCAGACGUGUAAGUCAAACAUUUUUCAAGGGUUUAAAGCAGACUGUUCCACCUAUUCAGUGGUGCCUCGCCUUUUUUUGGAAAUAUCAAACAUUAAUUGCAAGCUGAAGCGAUCAAGAGUCAAACAUGGUGUUCGAAGAAGACAGAAAACCUUUACAACCCGUGGAUUGGGUUAUAAUAGCCUUCUACUUCGUUGCCUGCAUUCUUGUUGGCCUCUGGACCAAGUUCAGACAGCAGAAAGGAAAGGCCGAGACUGCAGAAACGUUUUUCUUAGCUGGAAGAUCUAUGAUGUGGUGGGCGGUUGGACCCAGUUUGUUUGUGAGCAACAUCGGCAGUGAGCACUUUAUUGGGUUGGCUGGGUCAGGAGCUGCUACAGGGAUUGGUGUAGGAUCCUAUGAGUGGCAGGCACCUUUUAUCUUACUCCUUCUUGGAUGGGUUUUUGUGCCAAUUUACCUCAAAUCCAGGGUGUACACGACGCCUGAAUACUUGCUGAAAAGAUUCCACAGCACAAAGAUUCGAACAUGUUUGACAGCAGUGGCUCUUAUCUCGUAUGUCCUCACCAAAAUUUCUGUCGAUAUCUAUGCCGGCAGUGUGUUUCUGUAUGAAGCUGUUGGUUGGAAUGUUUAUCUCUCUGCUGCUUGUAUUUUGGCCAUCACAGCUGUCUACACUGUCUUGGGUGGUUUAACGGCUGUAUUCUUCACCGACGUGCUGCAGUGUACCAUAAUGAUCAUUGGUGCCAUUGUUGUCGCUAUAAUGAGCUUUUCGAAAGUUGGUGGAAUGGAUGGUCUGUGGGAGAAAUAUGGUUCUGCUAUCGGUCAAUCCAUUACAACCACUACUGUUGCACCAACAACGGUAGCCAGCAAUUUCACGACAGUAGCUGCUGCUUUAAGCACCGUGACAUCCACAGCUUCGAAUCACAGCAGCAACCAAACUGCUGAUAGCUGCUUCAAGUUAACUCCUUAUUGGGGUAACCUGGUGCGACCACUGGACGACCCAGACUACCCCUGGUUGGGAUUGUGGACGUCUCUGUUCAUUACAUCUGUGUGGUACUUUUGCACUGACCAGGUAAAAUGUGAAAAAAAAUCUAAUUUUAUUUGCUGAGUAUACUGAGUACUGAAUUGCGAUGCUCGCACCCUAUGAGUUUGAAUCAGUAUGGAAAUGGAAGUAAAUGUUUUGGGCUCGCGGUGCAGCGUACAGAACG